AUGAAGGCAAUUGGAAAAGUGCUGUGCGCUACAGGGAUCGUAGCUGGCCUUCUAGCUUUCCUCUGGAAAGAUCCUUUUAACCCAGAGAGCUUGUCUGGUGCCCGCGUUCUCCUGACUGGGGCCAGUGCUGGGAUUGGAGAACAGAUGGCGUAUCAUUAUGCCCGAUUUGGUGCUGAAAUUGUUUUGACUGCUAGGAGGGAAGCUGUGCUGCAGAAGGUGGUGGAGAAAUGCCUGACACUUGGAGCAAAGAAAAUAUUUUAUAUCCCUGCAGAUUUGUCUUCCCCUUCAGAGCCUGAAAAGGUGGUUCAGUUUGCUGUCCAAAAGCUGGGGGGACUGGAUUACUUGCUGUUAAACCACAUUGGCGUGACCCGUUUCCAGAUGUGGGCUGGAGAUAUGGAAUACAUUCGCUGGCUCAUGCAGGUGAAUUUCUUCAGUUAUGUGGCACUCGCAACAGCAGCUCUUCCCACCCUGGAGAAGAAUAAAGGCUCUUUGGUGGUUGUUUCUUCCCUCGCAGGGAAAAUACCCACUCCCUUCACCACUUCCUAUUCUGCCACAAAGUUUGCACUGGAUGGAUUCUUCAGCUCACUGCGCCAUGAACUCAUAAUGCAGAAGAGAAAUGUCUCUGUCACACUUUGCAUCCUGGGCCUGAUUGAUACCGAUGCGGCAUUAGAAAAUACAAGGGGCAAAGUGCACCUAACUGCUUCUCCUGCUCCUGAAGCUGCCCUUGCCAUCAUCCAGGGGGGUGCCAUGCAGGUGCAGGAAGUUUUCUACCCAUGGUGGCUGCAGUACGUGUGCUGCCUCUGGGUUUUGUUCCCCAGUGACCGGAAUCAGGUUUUACAGAGUUACUUUAACUACAGCAGUCCUUAA